AUGAGUGGCAGCGAUGACGCUGGUACAAUUGCUUCACCACGCCAAGCUCAGUCCUUCUGGAAUUAUCUGAACACCGAGGUCGAUACCAAAGAGUGUACAGGUCCUUUGGCUGCCUUUUGCUUUAUGACUGGUUUUAUAGAUGCCAUCUCCUUCUCUUCGGUGUUCGUUUGGUGCGGUUUCCAAACAGGAAACUUUGUUCAACUGUCUCUUGCCCUCGCUCGACUGUUUAGCGUAGGACCCGGAGGAGCUAUAGACCAAACCUUUCACAGAGCGGACCAACAAGCUCUCACUUCUCUCCUUGCAUUCAAUCUUGGUGCCUUCAUUGGUCGUUUAGGCGACCGUAUCGGCUCACAGAAACGCAUCUGGCUGGUCUUUGGAACUUUUUUGCAGACAUUGUUCACGAUGGCGGCUGCUUUGACUAUCUGGAAGUCCGGUCAGUCUAGUGUUGCGGACGACCGUGGUGACCCCAGUUGGACGAAUGCAUUAUCCUUCGUCUGCCUUGCGUUCAUGAGCAUGAGCCUUGGCACUCAGGGUAUCAUCGGGAAGCGAUUAAACACUCAAUUUACUACAACUAUCGUACUAACCACCGUCUGGGUCGAACUCAUGGCCGAUCCCCGUCUUUUUUAUCGCAAGAAAGUCAUUACUCGAGAUCACAAACUUAUCGCCGCCAGUUCGCUCUUCAUCGGCGGUUUUGUCUCCCGCGCCAUUCUCGACAAGAUUGGCUCUGCGGGUGCACUUGGCGUUGGCACUGGCGUGAGGCUGCUCAUCACUGUCAGUUGGCUAUUUGUCCCUGGGAAGAAAGCUGCUUCUGUUUCCAAGAGCGCCAAGUGA